AUGUCGGAACAAAGUAAGGACUUGAGCGACCCUAACUUUGCACCUGAUGCCGCCAACUCCGAGGUGCAGGAGAGCUCUGAGAUUCCGGUGGGGGUCCCUCCUCCCACAUCUCCAGCCGCGAUCGUCGCAGAGGCACCAGAAGCUCCUGAAGGCCCUAUGGCAGCCCGGCAGGCCUCGCCGCCGCCUCCAGAAAGGUUAGAAGAUAUUGACCCUAAGAUUCUGGAGCAGGCCAUAGAGGAGGGCCGCGCCCACAAUCCCGAUAGCCCGGUCCGUCAGCUGCCAACACCACCCGCCCCGGCCCAGGUGGUGCAGAAGGCGCACGAGCUCAUGUGGUACGUGUUGGUCAAGGACCAGAAGAGGAUGGUCCUCUGGUUCCCAGACAUGGUGAAAGAUGUCAUGGGCAGCUACAAGAAAUGGUGCAGAAGCAUCCUCCGGCGCACCAGCCUCAUCCUUGCCAGAGUUUUUGGGCUGCACCUGAGGCUGACCAAUAUCCACACGAUGGAGUUCGCCCUGGUCAAAGCCCUCAGCCCAGCAGAACUGGACAGAGUGGCGCUGAACAACCGUAUGCCCAUGACAGGCCUCCUGCUCAUGAUCCUGAGCCUCAUCUACGUGAAGGGCCGCGGGGCCAGAGAGGGAGCCGUCUGGAAUGUGCUGCACAUCCUGGGACUGAGGCCCUGGAAGAAGCACUCCACCUUCGGAGACGUGAGGAAGAUUAUCACCGAGGAGUUCGUCCAGCAGAAUUACCUGAAGUACCAGCUUGUUCCCCACAGCGAUCCUCCUGAGUACGAGUUCUUCUGGGGGUCCAGAGCCAACCGUGAAAUCACCAAGAUGCAGAUUAUGGAGUUCCUGGCCAGGGUCUUUAAGAAAGAUCCCCAGGCUUGGCCCUCCCGCUACCGAGAGGCUCUGGAGCAGGCCAGAGCUCUGCGGGAGGCUAAUCUUGCUGCCCACUGCCCCCGCAGCAGUGUCUCUGGUGAUUAG